UCUAAUUUAUUCAAGGCCCACUAAACCCCAUGUCGGCGUGCUCCAUCCUCCGGCUUCCCGACGAGGUGCUGGAGGAGGUGAUCCAUGGGGCGGCAGCAUGGUCCGACGACGCCGAGAACUACGGCUUCUAUGAGCUCUAUGCCGGCCGGGCGGCCCUGGCGCGGGUGUGCCGCCGCUUCCACGUGCUCGCGCAGCCGAUCCUGUACUCGUGCAUCGCCCUCGGACCGGUCCAUCCGCGCGUCGAGGGCGAGCGCGGCGACGCUGCGGCCAUCCAGCUGGGCAACAGCAUCGCGCGGCUGCUGAGAACGGUCCAGGAGAACCCGCGACUAGCGCGGCUGUGCGUCGAGCUGGUGAUUGACGUCGAGGCCUGCUUUGAGCACCUCAAUGUCCUGUGCACGCUUAUCGCCAGCCUCUCCAGGACCCGCUCGCUGCGCAUCCGCCACGGCUUCAAGGAGGUCGAAUUCACCGCGACCUGGGCCUGCCUGUCGGCCGCGCUGGCCAACAUGCGCGACCUGGAGCACCUGGCCUUCACGGCGGGGCGCAGGCCCAUGAAUAUGCAGCAUGUAGUCGCGAUGCUGCGGACGACCCUCACGGUGGAGCGCUACCCCGGCAUCAAGGAGCUGGAGCUGGUCGGCGUCAACCGGUCUGUGCUGCCUGUCCGGAUCGAGCUAUGGGUACUACUGCUCAUUCCGGUUAUGCAGGCGAAAAAAACAACACAAUAAAUACUGACACCGUGCUGCCCAGGGCCAAAAACCGUCACAGCGCGCGCCCUUCACCAAGCUCACGCUCAGCGACUACCACGAGGAGUCCCAGACGAUCCGGCAGUUACUGAGCGCCCCGGCGCGGCUGGAGCACUUCACCUACCGCGGCAUCCGCCGGUUCGGCUACCACCCGCUGGACCUGCGCACGCUGUGGUCGUACCUGGUGCCGCACGCGCCGACGCUCG